AUGAACAAUGAUAAUUCUAAAUAUGUGAAUUUUGUUGAACUUAAAAAUAAAUGGAGUGAACUUAACCGUGCAUGUUAUGAAAAUACUAGAUGUACAAACAAACAUACUGGAAAGUGUAUCGAAGGGAAUGGAUAUGGAAUUAUAAUUAAUGAUGAAAAUAUUAAAUAUGUGUUGAAGAAUGGAGGCACUAAUAAAUAUGUUUGUGUAUAUAUAGAAAAUUCAUUCAACAAUCCUCAUCAUUGUUUUGAAUAUUCUUUAUAUUAUUUUGAAGUUAAAUGUAUGUUUGAAGGAGAAUUUAAUAAAGGUGUAAAUCAUAUGAGUAUUUAUUUUGAUGAUUGUAAUACUAUUUAUUUUGCAACGGAAGCUAAAAUUAAAAACGAGAAAUCUGAAUACUUUAAACUUGACAAUAUUUCUUGGAAUAAUAAUGAUAUUUAUGGUUGUGGAGUAGUAUAUCCUCCAACUAAUAUGACGAAUGAAUUUCCUUAUAUUUUCUUUACACAAAAUGGAAAACAAAUUGGUAAAGGUAUAAUAUCAACUAAAAUUACUGGCUCAUACACACCAUUUGUUGAAAUAAGAUGUUGUUCAAUUGAAGCAAACUUUGGAAAUAAUUUGGAGACAAACCCGUUUAAAUAUGACAUUUCAAAACUUUCAGUUCUUAAAGAAUUUUAUUGA